GACUACACGUCUAGUGAACAUUCAACAUAGCGUCUGGCCAGACGGUGUUAACGAAAGUGGUCAAUCUAGUCACAAUAUUGAAUUGCUGUGAAAUCAUUAUUUAUUUAUAUAGGUUAAUACUAAGUAGUGAAAAUGUUUGAUAAACAUUUAUCUGUGAUAUUUACGAUAUUCAUGUGUUUUUAUGUUAAUCAGUGUCUGGAGAUUGAUAAGUCACGACGAUACAAUCAAAACUCGGAUUUUCUGCUACAUGAAGCUACAGGGUCAUUACAAUAUCAAGGGCAGACACAGACAAACUCAGACAAACGAGAUUAUGUAGCCCCUUCAUUUUCAUCACAAUCUCCAUCCAGUACUUCACAUCAAACUACUGCUAAUACUGCAACAUCGCCAAAAAGAGACUUUGUUAAUCCCACUGGAAAGAGAGAUUACGUAUCGCCAUCUACAUUUUCAACACAAUCACUCGGAACUUCGCAACACACCACAGCAAAACCAUCAAGCACAGCUCCUAGAAGAGACUUCGUUAACCCGAAAUUCACAACUCCAAAGCCUUUAGAUAAUUCUCAACAUCAUCAAAAACGACCUGGACAAGUGCAAGACCUAGUAAACUUUUUUGAUAGUAAAAGCAAUAACGGAGUUGUAACACCAAAGCCACCAUCUUACAGCUCCAUCUUGCAAGGAACAACUAAACAAGGCUCCACUGUAACGGUCUGGGGAGGUACGAAAGUAAAUCAGCCUGUUACAGAUGCUACACCGAAACUGCCUCCAGGACAAACGACCAAAAGUUACAGUUCUAUUUUGUCAGGGUCUAAUGCUCAAAGUACUUUAAAGCCCUCAACGAAACCUUCAUUUUCAAUAUCAAGAGUUACGUCACCAACGCCAAGACCGGUGUCUCCACAAUUGCCAAGUGCAAUUUUAAAUAACAAUAAAAAUAAUAACCAACCCAGUAGUUCCAAUGGUCCAAGUGAUGCCGAACUUCAAUCGUUAAGUGAAGAGCUUUUGAGGAAGGAUACUAAUAAUGCGGCAAAGUAUGUAACUAUUAAUUAUCAAGAAAAAACAACAUCCCAAUCAACAGAAGAUAAGGCGCCACUGCCAUUACUAACAGUUUCACAAGCAGCCUGGAACAUUCCGACAAUUCAAAAAUUUGUACCUCUAUUAGAUAAUUACGAAAGGGAUACUCUUGUUAAUGAAUAUGUUACUCCACAGGAAAGAAACGAAGAAAAUGCUUUUAUGGACGUUAUCAUGUCUACUACCGUCAUACGUCACAUGAUGAACUUCUUGAAGGAAAAAGGAUAUGUUACACCGGAUCCAAGACAGCAGCGUGAUUUUCUAAAGCAGUUGUGGUUUGGAUUGUAUUCAAGAGGUAAAGGAAAAAUAAGCAGUUCAGGAUUUGAACAUAUUUUUGUUUCUGAAUUAAGGAACGGAGAAGUUUUGGGACUGCAUAACUGGAUUUAUUUUGCUAAAGAAGAGGCAGCAAACAGGGUCAACUAUUUGGGAUACCUUAAAUACUUGCCCAUUGGUGACAAAGGAGCUGUAAUGAAACUCCACUUUAACCAGAAUGGUGCUGACAAACCUGUUGAUACUAUGUUCGUUGGAACAUCGCCGGAACUGGAAGUAGCACUGUACACUAUUUGUUUUGUUACUCGUGCUGAUAAUGACUGCAGGCUGAAGCUGGCCAAUAAAGAUGUCCAAAUAAUAUCUCACACAUUCCGCUAUCGUAGCAAAAAUUUAAUUGGUAGUGCUUAUCCUCAAAUCUAAGGC